AUGAGUUCACCUUCCUGGCAGGACAUUGCCGCAGCAAAACAAAAGGAAAGAAAAGACAAAAUACCCUUAGUCUGGAGAAUCCCACCAUGUGUAUUACCUCAUUCCAAGAUCCCAAAUGUCCAAGACUGGCCCAAAACAUCGGGCUUCUUCACUGAAAAGGAAUUAGAGAUCACGGAAUCACUAGCCCACGAGGUCGUCUCCAAAAUUGCAACCAGACAAUGGACUUCUCAAGAAGUCAUGGAGGCGACCUGCAAAAGAGCAGCCGUUGCCCAGCAGCUGCUAAAUUGCAUCACCGAGAUUCGCUUCGAGAGAGCGAUUUUGAGAGCGAAAGAAUUGGAUGCCUAUCUUGUACGAGAGGGCAAGGUUAUUGGACCGCUUCAUGGUCUUCCGAUAAGUUUCAAGGACCAGUUUAAUAUCAAGGGUGUGGAUACUUCUGUGGGAUACAUCUCAUGGUGCGACAGAGCAGCGACCGAAGACUCGACUCUCGUCACAUUACUAUGUAAUGCUGGGGCAAUUCCAUACUGCAAAACCAAUGUACCAGCAACCCUCAUGAUGGGUGAGUCAGUGCACAAUGUUUUUGGUCGCACCGUCAACCCACGGAAUCGACACUUGACAACCGUGGUUAUACGAUCCACAAACCCUUCCCAUACCCUGGCGAGAAGAAGAAGAAAAGCUGCCAAAGAAACUCUGUUUUGGAUUCGGUAUACAUGA